UCCAUGUCAUUGUCAAUUCAUUUGUCUUAUUGUUUAUAUCUAUCUACAUUGUACAGUAAAUAGUUACUCGAGCAAAAUAAAUAACAUUUUAAGAGUCUCUAAUAUUGUUUAUAAAAGCAUAUAAUAUAACUUAUCAUUUAAGCCAUGUCUGGACGAGGUAAAUAUCGUGGUAACCGGCAAAGGCAUGCCCAAACAACAUUAUCCAAUGUAGCAAAAGAAACGGCCAUAUCCUUACCAGCAGAUAGUCCGGUUUUGGCGAUGUUUAAAGAAGCAGCUUUGAAACUAAAUGAGCGUCAAGAUAGACAUGAGAGACUGGUUAAACUCUCUAGGGAUAUAACCAUAGAAAGCAAGAGGAUAAUAUUCCUUUUACAUUCUGCUAUAACUGAAGAAGCUGCAGAAAAGGCUGUGAAAGAAGCAAAUGAACGCCUUCAAAAGCUUACCAAAGGACCGAUAAGGAGUAUUGGCUUAGAACUUGAAAAUGUUCCAGCAUACUUGCAUUCCCGAGCAGUCACAGCAGGGUUGCAAGAAUUCAUUGAAGCUAGAACUUUCUGCUCUUUAAUGGAGAGCAAAGUGAUUAUCACAUGGUCAGAAGUACAGAAGGAAUUUCAGUAUAUGGUAAAAGAAGGCGAUGAAGAAGAGAGGGUUGUGGUCACAUUGUUAACACAAACUGACUACAUGCUCGGCAUUGCAGAUCUCACUGGGGAAUUGAUGCGGAAAGCGAUCAAUUCUAUAUCAAGUGGGGAGAGCCAGGCAUGCUUUCAUGCUUGUCAAGUGGUUAGAGAUCUAUACACAGGAUAUUUAGGACUAUUUUCCAUGGGUAAAGAGCUAGCUCGUAAGAUGUCCACAACCCGCAACAAUGUCGCCAAGGUGGAGGCAGCCGUGUACGCUUUACGAGUGCGGGGAGGGGAGGCCCCGCCACUGUUGUUGUUGCCAGUCAAACCUGAGUGGGAUACAAUCGAACACUCGGAUGAUGAAGGAUUUUAUUGAAUAAUAUUAACUUUGAUUAUAAAA